CAGAGAUAUAAAUGAUUUUAUUUUUCUCCCAGAGUGCGAUGUAGUUCAACUUCACACCCCAAAGUGAACUAUUUGUCAAGAUGACAGCGCUUACACCUCUGAACCGUGCUGUACUUGGACUUGCGUGGAGCUGCUUGAGUUUUCUGUCCUGCGCUCAUUGCGGGUUAAGUGACAACCAUGUGCACUCCAGUUUUAUUUACCGGAGGUUGCGCAAUCACGAACGCCGGGAGAUCCAGAGAGAGAUCCUCUCCAUCCUGGGCUUGCCUCACCGUCCGAGGCCCUUCUCUCCCGGGAAGCAGGCGUCCUCCGCGCCGCUCUUCAUGCUCGACCUUUACAACGCCAUGGCCGUGGAGGAGGAGGGGGAGGAGGUGGGGGUGCAGCAGGGUGCAGCGAAGAGCUUCAGUGCCAAGGCCCAAGGGCACUCCAGGAAGGGUUACUACAGCCCCCAGCAUGCCGGCUACUCUCGUGUGGCCCAGCCUUACCGAGCGGCCCCUCUGUUAGGCCACAGCCCCGCACUCACCACAGCGCACGACACCAACUUCCUCAAUGAUGCUGAUAUGGUUAUGAGUUUUGUCAAUUUAGUGGAGAAAGAUAAAGAUUUUUCUCACCAACGAAGACACUACAAGGAGUUCCGUUUUGAUCUGACUCAGAUCCCGGAAGGAGAGGCGGUGACUGCGGCAGAGUUUCGGAUCUAUAAGGACCGCAGUCAUUCUCGCUAUGACAAUGUUACUCUGAAGGUUUCCAUAUAUCAAGUCAUCAAAGAAUAUCAAAACAAAGACGCCGAGACGUUCUUGCUCGACUCCAAAAAGGUCCAGGCAUCCGAUGGAGGCUGGCUAGUGUUUGACAUCACAGCCACCAGUAACCACUGGGUGAUGAACCCACAGCAGAACUUGGGUUUGCAGCUCUGUGUGGAGACUGUAGAUGGCCGAAGUAUCAACAUAAAAUCUGCUGGAAUCAUUGGGAGGAACGGGCCCCAGUCCAAACAGCCUUUCCUGGUUGCUUUCUUCAAGGCCAGUGGGGUGUUGCUUCGCUCUGUCAGAGCUGCUGGUGGGAAAAAAAAGAACCACAAUCGCAAUAAAUCCACUAAUCAACAAGAAUCAUCCAGGGCACCAAAAACUGGAGAUUACAACACAAGUGAACAGAAGCAAGCCUGCAAGAAGCAUGAACUUUACGUCAGUUUUCGAGAUCUGGGCUGGCAGGAUUGGAUCAUUGCACCUGAGGGCUACGCUGCUUUUUACUGUGACGGUGAAUGCUCUUUUCCACUCAACGCACACAUGAAUGCAACAAAUCAUGCAAUUGUGCAAACCCUGGUCCAUUUAAUGUUUCCUGACAAUGUGCCAAAGCCUUGCUGCGCCCCGACCAAGCUCAACGCAAUAUCAGUGCUUUACUUUGAUGACAGCUCAAACGUUAUCCUCAAGAAAUACAGAAACAUGGUUGUUAGGUCUUGUGGUUGCCAUUAGUGGCUGGGUUAACUUUAAUUUAUGCUAUCUGGUAUGGGAAUCGCUGGAAAACACAUCUGCUGCAGGUGUGAUGUGAUGUACAGUAUUAUGUAUAUAAAGUUUUAUUACCUAAUUUAUUUUCUUUUCUAAAAAUAGCACUGAAUAUUGUGAUAUUUAAAUGAUUAGGACAAAAUGUUGAUUUUAUCAGUUAUCAGUUAACUUUUGUGUCCGGUGGCAUAUACUCCCUCUUAGUUACGUCUGUAUGAACUUUUAUGAGUUAACUAUUCACUGGAGUCAUCAUGAUACAUAAGAUCGCUUCCCCUUAUGCUUGUUUCUGCCCUUUUACAAUUCACUUGUGCUACACAUGCUCACUGAGCGAGAAUUACAUGGAUGGAUUUUUUUAUCUGCAACAUAUCCUCAUACCAAAACGGCAGAAUAGGUCUUUUCCAAAAACUCUCGAAAUUAUAUAUGACAUUUAAUGAAAUAGUUGCAUGGUUGCAGUUUUAAAACCCUGACCGUCAUGUGAGUUAUGCUGAUGGUUCUGCCAUUGUUAGACUAUCAACUCUUGAUUUGUAAAUUUUAGCAUAUCAUUGGUUUUAUGCCCUAAACACAGGGAUUUACUUCUUUAAAAAGGCUACAUGCUAUCACAUGUGACUUAACCACCUUCUUUUCACAGUAAGGCCAUAUGGUCAAAUUUAAAUAAUUCAUUUAAAAUGUUAGGGUAAUCGUCUAUCCUGCUUUUGAUUUCAAUAGUGGAAAUUAAAAGAUCAUUUCUAUCAGUUUUCUUCAAUUUAGAAUCGAAAUCAUGACACCCCUAGUGAGGUAGUAUGUGAUGUGGUUACAUAUGAAAUUGUUAAAAUAACACAACGUUGAUUUUUGGUUUUACACGGAACAUGAACAGCUGUCUCCUGGGUGUUUAGUCUAUCCACCCUGACCUCCUGAAACAGGCUUUGUCACUCUUUAUACUGUCUCACUGACUUUCUCCUUUGCUCCUGUCAUAUUAUUACAACCCCUAGAGGUCCACACCUAACAACAAACUUAAAUAUGGGUGGUAAUAGGCUGCCUGCACCUAUAGGGGUGUUUUUUUUUUUUGGUGAAGAUGAUCUGUAUUCAUACAAAAUAAUGUCACACAAUGCAGCAUCACAAGUUAAUUUGAUAAAGAAGGGAGCCCAGACCGCAAGAUGAUGAUUUCAGCACUAAUAUCACAACUUCAACAGGCUGUUGGAAAUAUCGUAAAUCAAAUGGGAUCGCAGAGAAAAAAAAUAGUGAGUGUUCUCUGUAAACUAAACUGCUCAAAGCUAUUUUCAAGCUGCCACUGUCUUUCAGCACUGAUACGGUUUCACCUUUUCCAAGCCAGCUUUUUUUUGUUUUUCAUAAGAGUGUGUGCUCACAGACGGCGAUUAUGUCAGUCUGGAAUGAAACUCUUUUAGUGUUGAGUGCUCACUUAUGAAUGCUUUACAAAUUAUGUCAUUUUUUAAACAAUAUUUAUGUGAACCUCUUCCAUAAACACAGGUUUUUCAUUCCUCUGUGGGCGAGCUGCAAAUGUCUGUGCUCCACUCUAAUUUUAUGUAAUGUUUGGGGAAAUUAUAUCUUAAUGUAGAGUGUUGUGUAUUUUAAUAAAUGUACCACUUGAAAACUCU